AUGGCGGAAUCUCGUAAUUCUCAGCACUACAAAUCCCGACAGACCUCAGAUGAAUUACCCCGCUCCCACAAAAUCGUCAAGGCCAUCACCGCAGCCACAACUGGCGGAUCCCUUCUCGCCCUCUCCGCCCUCACAAUGACUGGUACAGUCAUUGCUCUAGCCAUCGCCACACCGCUGUUUGUCAUAUUCAGUCCGGUUCUCGUCCCAGCGGCGAUCACUGUCUCACUUUUGAUCAUGGGGUUCUUGAUAUCCGGUGGAUUCGGCAUCGCUGCGGCGGUUGUUACGUGGUGGUUUUUCAGGUACGUGACUGGGAAAAGGCAAGAUGCUGACAAUGAUUUGCCCGGAAAAAAAUCGUAUAAGUUCGGCAGCAAGGGGAUAGAAGUUCAAAGUUGA